CGCGAGGCCCGCAAGGCGGCCGGCGGGUAGCCGGCGGGCUGGCUUGCGGGGACCGAGCCGCCGGGCCGGGGAGGACGGCUGCGGGCCUGCGCUAGCUCCAGCUCGAAGCGCCCGGGCCGGGAGAUUCGGCCUCCCUGCUCCCUGCGGCCGGCCGCCUCUCAGUGAGUACGGUCCCCGCCCUUCCUCCGAAGGAGGCCGCUGGGCCCGGGCCUGCGUGAGGGGCUGCGGGUUGGGGUCGCGGCCCGGGGAAGCCAAGUUUUGGAGCUGAAGCCGGUGCCCGCCCUUUCCUUGCCAUCGGCGCCCCUGACAUGGCCACAGGUGCGGCUGGCCGGGCGAGGGGCGCUCGGGCCCCGUCCCCAGUCCCUGAUCGCUGGAUAACAAGGGGCAGCUGGCGCCGUCCAUUGGUGCAGAGCGUUGUAGACCAAGGAGCCAUGGAUAGGAGAAGUGUGGGUGAAACAGAAAAUGGAGAUGCUUUCCUUGACCUGAAGAAGCCGCCUGUCUCCAAAUGCCCCCAUCGCUAUACAAAAGAAGAACUCUUGGAUAUAAAAGAACUCCCCCAAUCCAGACAGAGGCCUUCAUGCCUUUCUGAAAAAUAUGACAGUGAUGGUGUCUGGGACCCUGAGAAGUGGCAUGCCUCUCUCUACCCAGCUUCAGGGCGGAGCUCACCAGUGGAAAGUCUGAAGAAAGAGUUGGAUACAGACCGGCCUUCCCUGGUGCGCAGGAUAGUAGAUCCACGAGAGCGUGUGAAAGAAGAUGACUUAGAUGUCGUUCUCAGCCCUCAGAGACGGAGCUUUGGAGGGGGCUGCCACGUGACAGCUGCUGUUAGCUCCCGGCGCUCAGGAAGUCCAUUAGAGAAAGAUAGUGAUGGGCUUCGUCUGCUUGGUGGACGUAGGAUUGGCAGUGGGAGGAUAAUCUCUGCCCGGACCUUUGAGAAGGAUCACCGUCUUAGCGAUAAGGACCUGCGGGACUUGAGAGACAGAGACCGAGAGAGGGACUUCAAGGACAAGCGUUUCAGGAGAGAGUUUGGAGAUAGUAAGCGUGUCUUUGGUGAGCGUAGAAGAAAUGAUUCUUACACAGAAGAAGAACCAGAAUGGUUCUCUGCUGGACCCACAAGUCAGUCUGAAACCAUCGAACUGACUGGCUUUGAUGAUAAGAUACUAGAAGAAGAUCACAAAGGGAGAAAAAGAACAAGGCGACGGACAGCCUCUGUGAAGGAAGGUAUAGUAGAGUGUAAUGGAGGAGUGGCCGAAGAGGAUGAAGUGGAGGUCAUCCUUGCACAGGAGCCUGCGGCUGAUCAGGAAGUGCCAAGGGAUGCCGUCUUGCCUGAGCAGUCCCCAGGAGACUUUGACUUUAAUGAGUUCUUUAACCUUGAUAAGGUGCCAUGCUUGGCUUCGAUGAUUGAAGAUGUUUUGGGAGAAGGGUCAGUCUCUGCCAGUCGGUUCAGUAGGUGGUUCUCUAACCCGAGCAGAUCAGGAAGCCGAUCCAGCAGUCUUGGGUCAACACCACAUGAAGAGCUAGAGAGACUUGCAGGUCUGGAGCAAGCCAUCCUCUCUCCUGGACAGAACUCGGGGAAUUACUUUGCUCCUAUACCAUUGGAAGACCAUGCUGAAAAUAAAGUGGAUAUUUUAGAAAUGCUACAGAAAGCCAAAGUGGAUUUGAAACCUCUUCUUUCCAGCCUUUCUGCAAAUAAAGAAAAACUUAAAGAAAGCUCACAUUCAGGGGUUGUGCUUUCAGUGGAGGAGGUAGAAGCAGGUCUGAAGGGCUUGAAGGUUGACCAGCAAGUGAAGAAUUCAACUCCCUUCAUGGCAGAACACCUAGAAGAGACCUUGAGUGCUGUAACCAACAAUCGACAACUCAAGAAAGACGGAGACAUGACUGCGUUCAACAAGCUAGUGAGCACAAUGAAGGCAAGUGGGACUUUGCCUUCUCAGCCCAAAGUCAGCCGAAACCUUGAAAGCCAUUUGAUGUCCCCUGCUGAGAUUCCAGGCCAGCCUGUCCCUAAGAACAUCCUGCAGGAACUUCUGGGUCAACCAGUUCAGAGACCUGCUUCUUCCAAUCUUCUGAGUGGCCUUAUGGGGAGCUUGGAGCCUACAACAUCUUUACUGGGCCAAAGAGCACCCUCUCCUCCCUUGUCACAGGUGUUUCAAACUCGAGCAGCCUCAGCUGACUACCUUCGCCCAAGAAUACCAUCACCAAUUGGUUUCACACCAGGACCACAGCAGCUACUCGGAGAUCCAUUCCAAGGCAUGCGCAAACCCAUGAGCCCCAUCACGGCCCAGCAGAUGAGCCAGCUGGAGUUGCAACAGGCAGCUUUAGAAGGGCUGGCCUUGCCACAUGACCUUGCUGUACAGGCAGCAAACUUCUACCAGCCUGGUUUUGGCAAACCACAGGUGGACAGAACCAGAGAUGGAUUCAGAAACAGGCAACAGCGAGUGACCAAGUCACCAGCACCAGUGCAUCGAGGGAAUUCCUCUUCCCCUGCCCCUGCUGCCUCCAUCACAAGCAUGCUUUCUCCUUCCUUUACCCCUACCUCAGUGAUUCGUAAGAUGUACGAGAGCAAAGAGAAAAGCAAGGAGGAGCCAGCAUCUGGAAAAGCAGCUCUUGGUGACAGUAAAGAGGAUACUCAGAAGGCCAGUGAAGAAAACCUCCUGUCAUCCAGCUCUGUACCCAAUGCCGAUCGAGACUCGUCUCCCACUACAAAUCCAAAACUGUCAGCAUUACAGAGGUCUUCGUGUUCCACCCCACUGUCCCAGACCAACCGUUACACCAAAGAACAAGAUUAUCGACCUAAAGCAACUGGGAGAAAAACACCUACCUUGGCAUCCCCAGUUCCUACAACACCUUUUCUCCGCCCUGUCCACCAAGUUCCCCUUGUCCCCCAUGUCCCUAUGGUUAGGCCUGCUCACCAGCUUCACCCAGGGUUGGUACAGAGGAUGCUGGCCCAGGGAGUACAUCCACAGCAUCUUCCAAGUUUGCUCCAAACUGGUGUGCUUCCUCCUGGGAUGGACUUGACUCACUUACAGGGAAUAUCUGGCCCCAUCCUGGGUCAGCCCUUUUACCCUUUACCUGCUGCUAGUCACCCUCUCUUAAACCCUCGUCCUGGAACACCUCUGCAUCUGGCAAUGGUGCAACAGCAGCUACAGCGCUCAGUUCUGCAUCCUCCAGGCUCUGGUUCCCAGGCAGCAGCUGUCAGCGUUCAGACAACCCCUCAGAACAUGCCCAGCCGGUCAGGCCUGCCCCACAUGCACUCCCAGCUGGAGCAUCGCCCCAGCCAGAGGAGCAGCUCCCCUGUGGGCCUUGCCAAAUGGUUUGGCUCAGAUGUGCUACAGCAACCCCUGCCCUCCAUGCCCGCCAAAGUUAUCAGUGUAGAUGAAUUGGAAUACCGACAGUGAGCAGGGCAGGCAGACUCAACUAAGCCCGGACCUGUGGUGGCACCCUGGGCAGGACCCUGCUUCCUCAUCUCGGGUUGGUUUAUGGGCUUUUACUUUGGCGCACUCUGUGUGAAGCUAUUUGGUGGAACCCAUGCAUCUGGUGUGGUCCGCAUUAUGAUGGAAGGAUCUUAACCAGUCGAGUGGAGUGUACAUUGUCUGAAUACAGGAUGCACAAUGUUGUCAAUCCUGGAAAUGGUCUUUCUUUUUUGUAAGAUAUGUGAAUGAAGUGUUGGUGUCCUCACCAAGAGGUGGCACCUAAGGGUUCUGAGGAAAUAAAUGUAUAGACCCUUAUGUACAGACCUGUGUAUAAACAACUUUUGUAUAUACAUAUAGGAUAGCUUUUUUGAACUUAUACAGCUGUACAUAAAAGUAGCUGAUAUUAGUUAGGCCUGUGUCAACAGUUUGGAUUUUUUUCACUUGUACAUUUGGGAUUUUCUUUUGGUUGAUUAAAAUUGCAUAUGCUAAGUGUGUGAAUGAAGUAA